CUGCGUUUCAGCUUUUCCAGGAGGGAGGAAGCAGCUCCUCGUCCGCGAGAGUAAAUGUUGCAGCUUCAACAUCUUCCAGACCGGCGGCGACUGAGGAGGGGCUUGCUCUACUUCACCAAGACCCUGACGAGACUCACGGGGAGAAUAAAAAGAAGUCGAAGACGAAGAAAACCACAGCCACUGGACGUGGUUCUCCACCAGUUUCACCUUCAGGACGGCACGACUCUCACCUCAUCUUCACGGACGGAAGAGAUCUUUACACCUCGUCAAGAACAACAACAGACGCGCCAGAUUUUGCAGCCGCGUCAAGAUCAUCCACAUUCGACCACAACGCCAGAAAGAUCAGUAGCUCCUGGUUGUUAGAGGUCAAGACAGCUUUGAAGCAGGAUGCAAAGCUUCAACUCAUCUCCAACGUUUUGGCAGGGCCUCGAGAUUACCGGGAAAAAGUGCUUGCAGAUUUGACCACCACUCUCGUCGCGGUUGCCACAACAGGUGAAAAUUCUAUCUCGAAUAAUUCCCCCGGCGCCCGCAAUAGUGCGACGGGAGCCAACGUUCAUCUGGACAGGAGCACUGGCAUUGCCCGUCGCGAAUCAGACGAACACGAAACAGCAACUACAUCUCCUUCUCCCAUAUCCGAGACGAGGACCACAUCUUCUGUGCUGAAGUCUCUUGUCUCCGACCUGUCUCUCGAAGAGAUCACACUCCUAACCGAUCUUCUCGUUGAUCACGCACCAUUGAUGAGCGAACGCGAAGAACUGAAAGCGCUUCUGGCAGCUGGCGAAUUGGAGUUUGCUGCAACUGCCACUGCAGACGACGCCGAGGCCGGCGAGGACCAGGUGGAGAACAACAGUUCUGCUGGAGUUUUUGGUACGAGAGCUCGGCAGAACAUCAAAAAAAAGGCUGCAAAUGUUAAAGGCUCGUCGACGUCGAAAAAGGUGACUUUUCAACCUGAAUUUGACUCGGACAGUGAAAAUUCCGACGACAGCGUCGCGUUGCAAGAACAGGCGGAAAGAUACAACAAGAACUCUAGAACUACUAUGCAGGUGAAAGAAGCCACGGCGGUUUCAGUCGCGGUCGCGCGAAGUGAUAAAAUUGUCGGGAAAACAAGCAGUAAGGAACUGGGGCAAGAACAUGAUCCCACGACCUCCUUCGUCGAAGCACCAAAUCAAGACGCGGUCGUGCAGGAGGAGUCCCGGCAGGUUACUGUCGGCGAGAUUCCCGAACUAACCGACGAAACCCGCCGGGUUUUGUGUAUGGACGUGACGACCUGCCAAAACCGGACGGCGGAGAUGCUGGCGACGGGGACACUGGACAGCAAGGUGCGGAUUUACACGUUGGAGUGGCACGCGACGAAAGACGCCUUUUCUGUCACGCAGUUGUCCUGUCUCACCGAGCACUACGACGCGGCGCAGCGGGUGCGGUGGCACCCCUCCGAGCCGGUGCUUGCCAGUGGCGGCGCGGACGGCCACGUCUUCCUCUACAAGCCGGGUAGUUACACCUACAAGGCAGAUCAGAGUUCUGGUGGUCCUUCUGGUUUGGCGAAUGACGAGAAUCAUUUUGGUGCGAGCGCCGGCACCCGUUCGAGCCAAGCACAAGAUUUGCGGCACCUUCCCAUGCGAAACUGGAAGCGGG